UCCCAAAUCAAGCCAAUCUACAACCCUCACAAUCAUAAACCCUCCCACAACUCACCCUCUCUCAACGCCCUCAUCCAAACCCUUAACCUCCACCCCCAUCCCGAAGGCGGCUACUUCACCGAAACCGAUCGCCAUCCCUCUCCCCCUCCCUCGAACAAAACAAGAACUGGAAAUACCCCAGAAAGCGAUCCCGCUCUCCGCGCAGCAAGUUCAACAAUCUUCUACUUGCUAACCCCCAACGCCCCGCUAGGCAGCUUCCACCGUCACCGGGGCCGGACCAUCCAUACCUGGCACCGGGGACGCGGGCGGUACGUGAUCAUCCACGCAGAUGAGGCUACGUGCAGCCACGAGGGCUCGGAGAAAUUCGAGGGAGAGGAAAAGGGACGACUGGAGAGCUUUGUGGUCGGACCCGAUGUGGCGCGUGGGGAGCGCUUGCAGUGGGUUGUUGGCGCGGGGAAGUAUAAGGCGAGUUAUUUGUUGCCGGAUAUUGCUAAGCAGGGGGGUUCGGAGGGGUUGUUGAUUAGUGAGGUGGUCGUGCCGGCAUUCGAUUUUGCGGAUCUCGACUUUCUACGCAGAGAUGAAAUGGAGCAAUUGGUCACUGCCGAGCAAGUACGAGAACUUAGUUGGAUGCUGAAGGUCCCGGAAAAAUAA